AUGGCCAACACCAGCAAUCAAACAGACCCACCAGAAAAGCCUGUUAGUUUUUUGUCUUUUCUUCUUUCCCGAGGGCUCACUAGCCCCGGUCUAGCAGAAAACAAUAGGCUUUUGGAGACUGUGAAAGCAUCUGUCCACUUUGGAGCUUUCACUGUCACUGGUCUCUUCGCCUCCCUCAUUAUAGCAACGGUGCGGCACAACCAGGAGCUGCGUCAAAACCCUCGUUACGUCCUGUUGUGUCAGCACUGCGUCUGUGUGUCCGGCUUCAACAUCAUGGGCGCAGCCGUGCACGGUCUCCGCAGCCUGCGUUGGCCUGUUUCCCGAAUCACUUGUUGGAUCCUCUUCGACCUGCAGGUGGUGAUGGCACGAGGUUUGAUGAUCACCCUCACGCUGAUGUCCGUCAGCUCCUGUCUGUCUAUUUGCAUGCCACUCCGUUACCCCUUUCUGGUCCAGCGCUUCCACCGCUGGGUCAUGCUGGUGGCUUGCGUUCUCGCCCUGCUCAACCCCGUAGUCUUCACCGUCCUAGCUUGUGCGUACUCUCCGUGGGACCACGUAAUUGGGCUGGAUACUGAGUGCUCUACAGCUUUGGAAGGCACAGCUUGCAUUGCCAGCGCUUUAGCGUUGCUGUUAUUGCUGGUGCUGCUCAUCAUUGUAAGCUAUGUGGCGAUUUACCUGGAAGGUAGGCGUGCUGGCCAUUUCACGCGAUCCAACAGUAAAGGCCGCCGCACCAUUCUCAUCCACAGCCUGCAGAUAAGCCUGCAUCUCCUGCCCUCCAUCAUCAUCAUCUCCCGGCAUCAGGAGACGCUCCCUGUGGCGCUGGCCAUUUUUGUCGUCUUCAGUUUUGCACAGUCACUGAGCCCUGUGGUGUUCGGCCUGCGCUGCAAAGAGCUCCACGAGGAGAUGCUACAUUUCCUGCCUUUGUUCCGGGGAAACUGUUGUGGCUUUAGGUACAAUGACAGCAUGGAUACCAUCAGCACUGGGACCAUGACCAGUGCAGAGACCGGAGCCAGUAUUGAGACUAACACCUCCACCUGCAUGGCCACCGUCACCCCAUCUGCCAUUAUCACAGAAUGUGAGGGUGAGAAAGAGAGGUCAGGCUUCAUAGAGUUAACUUUGUAAGUUAAAAACAAGUUGGU